GAUCUGCCUGAAGAGUGUGUUCGUAUGUGUUUCUGUGUGUGUGUGUGUGUGUCAGUGUGACGGAGUAAACAUACAGAGGUUUCUCAUAGGGAAUGCAUUUGCUGUAAAGAAGGAGAGUGAGGGAGAAGUGACAGGAAUAUUUUCGGGAUUUUAGUCAGGCGACAUAAUCCUGGAUCUGGAAGUAGCUAACGUAAUUGUGUCAUUUUCUGCACUAUGACAGAAGUGGCCAAACCCGCUUCAAUAAUGGACUCUGAGAUGAUGUUCCAACCAGAGUCAGAUCAGAUAUCUCCAGUUGAACCCAAGUCUCCACCCCUGGACCUGAUUGACACAGGAAAGGGGCUUAAGGUCCAGACAGCUACGCCCCAUCUGGUCAGCCUGGGCAGCGGGAGGCUGAGUGUGGCAAUCACCCUGCUGCCACUGAAAGAAGGAGUGACCCGCAUAGGCCGAGAAGAUGCUCCAGUUCCUCAAGAUAUCACUAUCGAGGGGCCUGGCAUCGAGGCAGAGCACUGUCUCAUUAUCAAUGAAGGAGGCGUGGUGACCCUGGACCCCUGUGGUCACCUCUGCAGUUUGGAUGGAGUACAGAUCACUGUACCUACACCACUCACACAGGGUUAUUCCCUGUGUCUGGGUAAAUCCUACUUCUUCCGAUUCAACCAUCCUGAGGAGGCAAGCAGAAUGAAGAGCAUGCUUCCACAAAAGAGCCCUGUGUCCGCUUUAGCCUACAGUACAGACUACCUGAAGUUCAGCAGUGACUAUAGCUAUGCAGUGAUGGGAGGCACCAGUAAUGCUAGGGGCAUGCGAUCAGCCUCUGAACUCCGGGACUUGAUGGACACCCUGCAGCGCAAGAAGAUUGCCCUGGAGAACAGCCUGAGAGCCAAUGGGAAUGCUAACCCUUCCUACUUCAGCGUGACACAGUCUCCCCCCACCACACCUGUCUCGAGUCCUACCACAUCCUCAUCAGCCUAUCAGGAACAGGCAAGGCGGUUCUAUGGCUCAGAUCGCCCACCCAUGUCUCUGAAAUCAGCCCCUGCUCUUUCCCCCGGUCGUCGCUCUGAUCCUCCUUUGUCGGCCUCCCGUACCUCAGGCAUUAGUGAUAGUCGGCGGCUCCACAACCAGGGCACCUCUCCUUUGCUGUCCACAUGGAAUGGUGGAGGCUCUUCAACUUCUGUUGCUAGUUGCAGUACCUCCCUCCUCUCUCUUCCGCCCUCCUCCUCAUCCCGCACUCCAUCGACAGGAGGUGCAGCCAGCAUGCCUUCAAGCCCCCGUCUUGGACGUCGUAGCUGUGGGAACCAAGAGCCAUCACCCAGCAAUCGAACUAGGAAAUACUCAGCAGGCUCGCUGAGUGGGAUGAUUGGAGGAGGGCACAGCCGCUCGUUGCCACGCCUCUGCCCCUCCCCGUUGCCUCAUGACAACAACAACAAAGUGCUGACUUUGUCGACACUGCCCCCACGGCGAUCCGAGAUGGCUGGGAGUUACAAAUUUAGCAAAGACCAUUACAACAACAAUAGCCAGAAUGCCAGCCCUGACCUCAACCACAACUCUAGUAUCUCUACCCAGCAGGCCUCAAGCAGGAAUGAAAUCCAGACCACAGCUCGGGGAGAAGGUGUUGUCUCUAUUUCCCUCUCCUCCACUAAAAUCUUGCCUUCUACCAACCUGUCCAUCUCCUCCACAGCAACCCCGCCUGAUGUGACCAUCCCAUCUAGGGCAGGGGGCUCUUCUUCCCCUCGUGUGGCCAAAAAACUCAGCUUGACUUCCUCUAGCUCAGUGGGCUCCAUCAGCUCCACAAGUUCCAGCCCUCCAGACCCAGAACGGCUGGCCAGCCUAAGAGUCUCCCAGGGAAUGGAGCUGUCUUUCGGGGACAAAGAGAGGCGAGGGGUAGAGGUAGAACUCACUGCCACCCCGGGGCUUGGUCUCAGAGAAAGGAAGUCUUCCUUUGGGAAGGCAGGGCUGGAGCCCGGGAUAGGGUUGGGUGAAAGGAGGCUGUCAUUUGGAAAGGCAGGAGUGACUCCCCCAGGGGGGUUCAGGGAAAGAAGGGGGAGUAUCAGCUCACUGAGUGGGAAGGAGGAACUGACUGACUACCACCAGCGCCAAAAAGAGGAGAGACUGCGUGAGCAGGAGGUGGAGAGACUGGAGCGACAGCGACUAGAGACCAUAUUGUCUCUGUGUUCGGAGCUGGGCCAGGCGGAGAGGGAUGGAAGUACCAUGUCUACAAGUCCCACUUCGGCUGUGGCGGAUCUCCAAAAGAUCAACCAGGAGCUGGAGAAGCUCCAACUGAACGAUGAUGAUGACGACACACCAUCUGUCUUUUCAGACUUUUCAGUAGGCAAUGGACACGUGACCUCACCUGGGUCAGAGAAUGGUUACUACGAUGAUGAUCUACAAUUACGGCAGAGGCGCAGAAUCGGUCAACGGGACAAUAGGGCUGAAUCACCAACCGUCAGUCUGAGAAGUUUUGCCCCGUCACCUUCUCCACGUACACAGAGGACUAAUGAGGCUCUAGAUGAUGCUGCUCGUCGCCACAGACAGGACCUGAGGUCUUCAGAGGAGGAAGUGAGGCAAGUGGAGGAGGAGAGGAUCCAGGUGCUGAACAACAUAGAGGAGCUGGAGAAAAAGAUCAAAGAGCUGGACAACCAGAUGGAGGAAUCUGCCCGAGAGGUGGAGGUCGAACGAGCUCUGGUGGAGGCUGAGCAGGAGUCAGAGGUAGUUUCUCUGCAGCAGGAAAAAGAUGCUCUGGAGGCACUUCACAACAAGAUGACUGACCUGGAGACCAAGUCCCAACAGGAAAAAGAGAAGGCGUGUGAGUUGCUGCAGGCAGAAAGGGGCAGAGUAGAGAGGUUGGCUCAGAUUGUGUGUGAGCAGCGCUCCCAGCUGGACAGUUGCCCUGAGGCCACCAAGGAGCCCCUUCAGGAGCAGCUGGCCAGGGACUGUGAGGUGCUUGAGGCGGAGACAAAGCGUUUCGAGGACCUGGAGUUUCAGCAGCUGGAGAGAGAGAGCAGGCAGGACGAGGAGAAGGAGACCCACACACAGCAGCUUCUGCGAGAGAUUGCAGAAUACCAGCGCAGCACAGUCACUCGCAAGGAGCGACUGUUAACUCUGAAGAAGCAGGCAGCGCAGAUUACCCAGCAGGCUCAGCGAGAGAAGGAGAGCUUCUUGAAGGAGAGGAGCAACCUUGAAUCGAUGCUGCAAAGGGAGAGAGAAAACCUUGCCACACUGGAAGGAAAACACGCUGACCUCACUGGUGGCCGGGGUUUCACACUGAGAGAGGGCUAUGUCACAGUCAGUGAAAUCAAUGAACUUUACUCAGAGCUUAGGGGGGACCCUAAACCCAGCCCUGCCCCUGCUCUGGCCAAUGCCUCUCCUGAGUCCGACCCCUCCCCUGACGAAGACACCCCUAAACUGCCGGAGGAUGAGCAUUUCCGAUUGCUGGAGGAGAGGAAGAGGUCUGAGAAGGAAGGUGGGAUCCAUCCAAGUGACACGUUACCCAGGAAGAAAGCCACUCCCACUAUGACCCGCCAGUUUACAUGUGCAACGCUUGGGCGCAGUUUCCCUAUCAAGUCCCAUCAGCCCCUGGUACAGAGCACAAGUUGUGGCAGCAUUCUUCCAAGAAUUCUCUCAUUAUCCAGCAAGGAAAUGGAAUCUCGACGAUUGCAUAAAGGUCAGCCUGGCUCUCGAGCAGCUUCCCAGACCAACGUCUACCUCGAUGCCUUCGGGUACCGGGACAAUCAGGCCUUUGACACAAUGAGUGUGGAUAGUACAGACUCCAUUGAAACCAGCAUCUCUGCUUGCUCUCCUGACAAUGUCUCCAGUGCCAGUACGUCAAAUGUGGCCAAGCUAGAAGAGAUGGAGCGUCUGCUGAGAGAGGCUCAGGCAGAGAAGAACCGUCUCCUCGAACACAAGGAGCAAGAAAUGGAGAUGCGAAAGCAGGCGCUGGAGGAGGAGAGGAGGAGAAGGGAGGAACUGGAGAAAAGGCUGCAGGAGGAGACGAGCAGACGGCAAAAACUCAUUGACCGUGAGGUGAAAAUGCGAGAGAAACAGAGGGCACAGUCGCGGCCUUUGACAAGGUACUUGCCCGUGAGGAAGGACGAUUUUGACUUGCGGGCUCACAUUGAGUCAGCGGGCCACAGCACAGACACAUGCUUCCACUUGUCCAUCUCUGAAAAGACCUGUCGAGGCUACUUGAUCAAGAUGGGAGGCAAAAUCAAAACCUGGAAGAAACGCUGGUUUGUCUUUGACCGCAACCGGCGCACACUUUCCUACUAUGCAGACAAGCAUGAAGUCAAGCUGAAAGGAGUCAUCUAUUUUCAAGCUAUUGAAGAAGUGUAUUAUGAUCACUUGAAGAGUGCACAUAAGAGUCCAAACCCUUCCCUGACCUUUAGUGUUAAGACUCACGACAGGGUCUACUACAUGGUUGCUCCCUCCCCUGAGGCCAUGAGGAUCUGGAUGGAUGUAAUCGUCACAGGUGCUGAGGGAUACACCCAGUUCAUGGUGUAGUUAAAGGAGUUAUGGCAGCAGCAUAUGCCAAUGCUAUAGCUCUUUGUGGUUUUAAAGGUUUUUUAAAACGAAAUUAAAAGAAAUUAAAGAUUUCAUUUUUUAAUCCUUGGACUUUUUAAGUGUCUUGAUGGAUAUUAUUGACAUCUUCAAGAAUUUCUGUUGUGUUGAGAAAACAGCCUUGAGUUACUCAAGAUGCACAUCCCAUGUCCUUUGCGGGAUGGGUAGGGCCUACAAUUGUAUGCCUGGCAUUAUUAUCGAAUUAUAGUUAGAAAAGAUAAUCAUUUUAACAUUUUCGGGCAAUCAUGUUCAACCCAAAAGAAGUAAUGAUCUGUGCUAGUGCCAUGGUGCACUACAGUGCCUUUCAGGGGGCUCAGGUAUAUCUAAAGGAUAAGGAUUUGCUCAUAACAUACAGAACAGUGAAUCAAUAGCUGUGUGAUGCUGAAUGCCAAAAAAAAAAAAAAAAAUACCCAAAGAAAUUUUAAUAAGUCAUGUAAGACUUAUGGUAAAUUUUGUGAUGGUUUUAAUCACUAGUAAAUCAUUUCACAUAUGCUGUAAUCAUUUUUGUUCCAUUUCUUCUGUACAGAAUAAAUAAUGCAUAUUAAUUUAGUAAAUGUAGUUGAGCAGAUAUAUUUUAAGUUGCUACUUUUGUCAUCAUGAUUUAAUUUCAUAUAUCAUUACUGUGGCAUUCUCAGACGUUAAAUGUUUGCAUGGAUGUGCAUACAUGCAUGCAUCAUGUGAUCAUAUGUGAAUUUCUAUACAUAUGUAAAGAGGUGCCUGUUUUAAGGACAUAUCUAUUCACUUUGAGCUUCUAAUGAAGCUCCAAGGUGCUAUUCUUACAUGAUGUGAGUGACACAAAGAAUCCAAGCCACAUCAGAUUUAAAUACGCUAGUGUCACCACAGUGAUGAAUCUGAAGCCACUGUCAAAACGAAGUUGUCAUCAGGUGACUUUUCAAUAUACGGAGUUAAAUAAGAAGAAUAAUGACUUUUAACAAAAUUGUGAUAUUUGUACAUUUUGAUUCUAAGUUGUAGUUUGUUUUAAAAUAGUUAUGACAGUUAAUGAUUCUUUGUCAACUUAAGCCUCCUCUUUGUGCCUUUUUAUUAUCAUAUUUUGUGUGACAAUAUUUUGACUUGCAUUUUAUAUAUUUUUUUAAGUAUCUGUAUGCUGAAUGCCAAACUGUCUGUGGUGAGAAAACAUGCAAAUGUGGAAAUAUGGUCCUGAGUGGUUUUGUGAGAGAAAGACCUCGCAGGAUUAAGUUGUCUUUUACGGUGUUGGGCAGACAGUAUCUGUGGUACACAUACUCAAUUAAUAGGCGUUUAGUAAACAAAACAGACUAAUUAUUGUGCUGCUUUGGUUAGUUAGGUCUCUCAUUUCAUUGUUUUUAUUAUCAUCAAUUUAAUGUAUUGGUUAAACUGACUAUUCCACAUUGAUCACUAAAGCUGCUUUUAUGUUAUAUAUCAUACGCCAUACUACAUCAGAAAAAGUCAGUCCACAUGUACUUUGGUCAGUGAAACAAAAUUUAAAUCGCCAUUGAUUUAAAUUUUGUUUCACUGACCAAAGUACAUGUUCAUAUGGUGCGAUUUACAUUAUAUAGUUGAGCUGUUUCAGUGGAAGCUGCCAUUAGAGUAAUUUUUCCAUUUUUUAUCAUUAUUUUUUUUAUGGUGAUCCUACUAUAUUUAUGUCAAUACCAAUGCAUGUAUCUUUUGUAUAUCCACAUGAAUAAUAAAAAUGAUAUGUUCUACUUUU